CGUAACACAAUUUUUUUACCAAUUUUCAUAAAUUUUUCUGGAUAUCAGGAUUCGUUUUUCGUGGUGUUCAGUAUUCACGAAAGUGAAAUAGUUGGUCCUCCGCUUGCAUAGGUUCUCUUGGACUUUGUGAAAUCUGUUUAAGAGUUCCAGCAUGACGCGUGGAAACCAGCGAGAACUUGCCAGACAAAAAAAUAUCAAAAAACAACAAGAAAUGAAGAAAGGAAAAGCUGCAAAUGACAAAGAUGGCAACAAAGGACUUAGCUUGGAAGAACGGCGACGAAGGGAUGCUGAAAUAUUGCGAUUGAAACAGCAGAAAGCUUUAGAAAAGAAACAGCAAGAGCAAGGAAAAGCAUCAGCCUGAAGCAUUCAGCAAAUCUUAUUUAGGACUGAUUGCAUUUUAUGAAUGAAUUUGUUUUCCAAAUGCAUCUGUGAAAUGUGAUUUUUCUGUAUUUGCGUUCUCAGUAAAUUUUUCUACCUGAUCAUGCACUUUGACUUACUACACAUACAGUGCAUUUUUUUAUAUUAAAACUUCUAUCUGUCUUGAUUAGUUAAAAUUUAUUUUCAUUUGGAAUUUCAGUUACAUGUAGCAAAAUGUUUUUAACCCUUUCAUCAAUGGUCGACUUAGAUAGAAAUCGAUCAUCUGAAUGUUGUGGCUACCAUAAGCAAUGAAAAUGUAACAAAAAAUUGUAUAUUUCUUUCUGUUUAUGUAUAAUAAACCAUGCGACCUAUUUUAAAUCUCUA